UCGGCUUCAUAAGUCAACAUAAUGAAAGUUUUAGUGGCAGUUCCGAUUUUAUUUUUAAUUUUACAAAGUUGCUACGGGAAUUUUUUGAAUGGAUUAUUUACCAGACCUAAUACUAUGAGUUCGAAUCAAUGUCAACCGAGUGGAAAUGGAACUCAAAGAAUUGUUGGUGGUGAGGAAAGUCCUGUGCAUUAUCCAUACCAAAUUUCUCUUCAAAUGAGUUCACGAGGUGGCGGUGCUGGACUCUUUUUCUUCUUGCAACCAAAAUCCAAUUGGUCACAUUUCUGCGGGGGAAGUGUCUUGAAUGAGAAUUACAUAGUUACGGCUGCACAUUGCGUCAAAGGAUUCAACAUCAGUCGCAUGUCUGUUUUAGCUGGAACCAAUGAUUUACGUAAAGAAAACGAAGGUUCUCGUCAUUUAAUUGAUGAUUGCGUGAUUCAUCCAGAAUAUGUUGAAUUAAACAAUAGUGACGUUGCUGUCUGCAAGCUUAAGACUCCAUUUGUGUUUAAUGACAAAAUAGCACCGAUAGAGCUUGACAAGACUUAUGUUGAAAAGGAGGAAUGCUUAUUAACUGGAUGGGGAUACACGACAAUGAUUCGGGGAUUUCCACUGCCAACAAAACUGCAAAGAGUCAAGCUUCCAACAAUCACAAACCAGGAGUGUAAUGAUAAAGGAAUGAAUGUUGGUCCGAGAGAAGUUUGCACACUUUCCAGAUUCGGACAAGGAGCUUGUGGAGGUGAUUCAGGUGGUCCAUUACAAUGCAAUGAUAAACUUGUAGGAAUAGUCAGUUAUGGCACUAGAGUAUGUGCUAUUGGCAAGCCAGAUGUUUAUACGAGAAGCUCAGAAUAUGUUGAUUGGAUACAGGAAAAUUCUAUGUGAAACGUGUAGAUAAAUCAGAGCAUCAAAUGAUUGUAAACGGAACUUUAUUCUAUGACAAUUUUGAUGAAAUGAUUAAUUUGGUUUCGAUGAAGUGUAGAUGGAUCGGAAUCAUGGACUAAAUGAAUAUUUUAGAUUAAGAUUAAGUUUAAGUGAACAAUUUUGAGAAUAGGAAAAUAAAACUGUAU